AUGACCAUAAAAACUAGGAGUUCGAAUUUAUCUCUUGGUAUCUCUUUGAUUCGAAAACCUUCUGGGAAUUUGGAACCAAGCCCAGAAUUCAUUUUACGUUGUUGUCUUCAUUCUGCUAUCAUUGCUGACAAAUAUCUUAUAUCUGUCUCAGUUGCUAUCUAUCUAUCUAUCUAUCUAUCUAUCUAUCUAUCUAUCUAUCUAAAUGGACGAAUAGUCUCAAGAAAAUACUUUCGCUAUCUUUCCCUCACUCUCUUUCUCUGUCUUUCUCACUCUCUUUCUUCCGAAAUAAUAUCUCCUUUAUUUUAUUCCCCUCUUCCGUGCUCAAGUAUAUGUAUAUCAAUCUAUCUUCAUAAAAAAAUAUCUCUCUCAAAUUGUUCCCAUCUUAUUCGCUCUCUAUGUGAUUUAAUUCUAUCUAUCUAUCUAUCUAUCUAUCUAUCUAUCUAUCUAUCUAUCUAUCAGUACAGAUUAAUACACCAAUCUUUUUGUGUGUUUAUAUUUAUAGAAUCAAAAUAA